AUGGAUAUUCCGAGCUCCCAGCGUGUUGUCCAGGAGCUUGGAACAUACAACCCCACAAAUACACUGAAAGUGAAAGCUCUCCGUGUGGGAGGGAGCUGUCACCUUCCACUUUACUCUUUACACAUCUGUCGGGAAAAGGCGGAAAAUGUUCGAUCAGAUUGUGGGAAAGUAAGAGGUGAAUUUAUCAUACAUGGACCUGAUGAACCUAUUGAAGCCACUGUGGGUGAAGAUGCUCUGUUGGAAUGUCAGCUUGUGCCAGCUAUAUCUGCCAGCAACAUGUUGGUGCAGUGGUUUAAAUCAGGCCUUGAUUCCCCAGUUCACGUAUACAGCCAUGGGGAAGAUGAUGCUGCUGCUCAGCACAGGAAAUACAGAGGGAGGACUGAACUGUUGAAAAAUAAAUUGACCAAAGGAGCCAUAUCUCUUCAAGUAACGAACACAACAAUUUUUGAUGGAGGGGAAUACAGAUGUUUAGCUGACGAUGGAACUUAUUCAGAAGAAACUGCAGUCAUCCUGAAUGUUAUACGUUUGGGCCAUCAGCCCUGGAUUCAGAUGAAGGGAUAUCAUGAAAAUGGAAUCCAGUUUGUGUGUAAAUCCAGUGGAUGGUACCCAAGGCCAGAAAUACAGUGGAUCAGUGAAGAUGGACUUAUUUUAUCACAAGCUGAACCAAGUUAUGAGCAGGACUCUAAUGGCCUUGUGAAUGUCCAGAGUAUCAUUGUCAUUACAAAACAAUCAACUAAAAGGUUUAAGUGUCGUAUACAGAAUGAAGAUUUGAGAAUUGCACAAGAAGCAACAAUCAAGAUAUCAGAUGUGAUCUUCCCUGGUGUCCCUGACUGGCUGGCACCUUUCCUCAUGACCAUCCUUUGUGUAACUGUUGGCAUUGCUGCUGUGGUUUACUGGAGUGUGAAAAACCAUCGACACAUUAAAGGUACAGUCUCCGUGUAG